GUCGCUAGUCCUGCUUCUCACAUUUAUCCGUCUCACACGCCAACCACUGUGAACAUAUAGGACAUCUGCCUACAUGCCCGGCGACGUCGAAACCAUCCCCCAGCUGCCUCCUAUCCCUCCGCAGACGCCAUUCGGUGCUGGAGCUGAUCGCUAUCCUUGGGAACGUCACUAUCCUCUCAGCUCGUGGUCUCCGUCGGCUAUACCGACGGAAUCAGGACGUUCGAAGUCAACAUCACCAGUCACACGACUGCGUGCUCUACCAGUCCCGCCUCUCCCGAGUUCGAGCACUCUGGGCGAAAUCAUCAUUCCUCUCAGGUCACAGUCCAGGUCUCACUCGCAUUCGCGAAGCGGGUCGCGCGUUCUUGUACUGGCUUCCGCGUCGACCGCAGAACCCAUAGUCAUUUCCCCACCUGCGCGCACCCAUUCCCGGAGCGCCUCCGCAGUGAUGUCCAAACUUCCACCCACGGCACGGGCAUCCCCAGCUGAGGCCCCCGUGCGUCCCUAUACACGCACCAAAUCACGCCCCCUCCCUCUGCCACUGCCUCCGAAGGACCCUCUUCUUCACGCGGACCGCGCGCUGGUGCGAACUGAAUCGCUACCACUGCCAAGGUUAACCCCCGCCUCAGCCCCCGCCGCAACUCACCCCGCACGCCACCACACCACACCCUUGCCUGAGCAACACGAGGAGGUUGCUCCGUUGUCUGCGCCACCGCGAAGAUCUGGUCCUUCGCACUCACAUGUGAACUCGCGAGCUAUGCUCGUUACGAUCACCCAAGACCAAUACCCACAAGUCCCGCAACUCCCUCUGAAGGAACCUCCCCCCAUACCCGCGUCUGUACCCGUGCGGGCGCCCACGCCACCCAGGCCAAAGCCACGCCCCGCGGGUCUCCCUGCCACCCCGCGACGCCAAGACGACAACCGUGGUAGCGAGCGCGGUCGGAGCACGCAGCCCGCGCCGGUCACGAUUCGCGCGAGCCCAGUGCGGGCCUUAGAGCCAGCGCCGACCGCGUGGGCGAAGCAGCACAACGACCAGUACGCGCGGAAGUGGGUUCUGGAAAAGAACGGGAAGCGCUUGACGCAGGAUUCGAUGGUCGUCGCCCAGCAGCUCCGGCUGUUGCGAUGACCGGCGUGCUACCAUAUGGGUAACUUGUUUGAACCAUCUAGAGUGGAGGCUGGGUUGUUCGAGCCGCGGGGGCGUUCUGUCGGCGUGUGGCCGAGUCCCUUGUACAGUUGUUAGUUUGUCUUUUGCGACCUCCGCUCUUUUCACACCGCAUCUCUCCCUACCGCACUCACGCCAUGUGGCGUACACGCUGAUCAUGGUAUUUGCCAAAUCGAAACAUUGUCGUACGUAGUUGUAGCAGUAAUCAUCAAGCAGGCCG